AUGAACAGCAAGGUCCCUUGUAAGCAGAGCUUCCCAGCUGUCAGAUCUCACCUCUCACUUGCUUUCUGGUGCUAUUGUUUGUCAGCUGGGUCUCUCCUUUGGCACCACAGGAGGCUGCAGUGUAGAGAAAGGAGGACUGGAACUGAGUUUCAAGGGAGAUAUGGAAAGGACAGUGAUAGAUGCAUCCUGUCCAAACUGAGUGAGGUUCCCUGUAUAUUCUGGAAAAGGCCUCGUGUGCAAGAGGGGAAUAUAGCCCCUAAGGCCCUAAAGAAGAAGUCCCCAGGUAUGAUGGAGCGAGCAUCCCCUUUAGCAGCUCCAGAUGGGACCCAGUGA